AUGAAGCUGCUUAUGACUCUUUUCCUUGACAAGCGCACCAAAGACUUCACCAACCACCCGGCUCUCAUGCAAUUGACAGGCGAAGACCUUGAAAUUCCCCUCGACGAAUACUGCAACACUGCUCUUCACUGGGCCGCGAUGCUCGCGCGUCUUCCUCUUGUCCACGCGCUGGUCGCCAAGGGAGCAAAUAUCGCGCGCGUCAACGGUGCCGGUGAAACUGCUCUGCAGAAAUCAGUCAGCACUCGCAACAACCUGGACUACCGCACCUUUCCGCGUCUCCUCCAGGUGUUUGCUCCCACUAUCGACAUGGUCGACUACAGCGGGCGCACAAUUCUGCACCACAUUGCCGUUAUGGCAGCAACUGGAGGCGGCGGCCAUGUUUCUGCUAAGCAUUACCUGGAAUCCCUGUUGGAUUUUAUCGUACGAAACGGUCGUCCAGCCAACGCUGAUACAAACGGUGAUCAGCAGCAGAAUGGUGAUCAUGCCAAUGAUGUGAUAUCCCUGGGUACCUUCAUCUCCGACAUUGUCAACUUACGCGACGACCAGGGCGACACAGCCCUUAAUCUUGCGGGCCGUGCUCGCUCCGUUCUCGUCCCCCAGUUGCUCGAGGUCGGGGCCGACCCUCACAUCCCAAACCACACUGGUCUUCGCCCUGCGGACUACGGUGUCGGCGUCGACAUGGUUGAUGGCAAUGGGCAGUCUCAGCAAACUGAUGGACGGGGUGAUUCUUUCAUGGAUCAGCUGACCAAGACUAAAAAGGAAAUUCUACAAGCCACCGUGUCCCAGAUCAGUCAACUUGUUGAAGAAGCAUUCAGUAGCACUGAGCGUGAAUUAGCAGCAAAUCUGUCCCGGAAACAAGAGAAAUUUGAGCACUGGCAUGGCAAGAUCCGCGAGUCGGCGAAGGCCCGACAACUCCAACAGAAGCACCUGGAUUCUUUGAAGAGCAAGAGCUCCGCUCGUGUGGAAACGGAGCGACGCAUCAAGAAUCUUGAUACAUCUUCUGAUAAUCUUCGGGACACUCUGCGCAACAACGGAGUUAUCGAUCACUCUGGCCGCCCUGUCUUGAGCGAUGCCGACAAAGCGUCAGCUGUGAAUGUGGAGACCUUCGAAACCCUCUUCCCCGAAUCAUUUGACCCAUCUAAUGGGUUCUCUGACGAACAAGCCGCAUUUUUAUCUGCUCUGCAGGCCCCGGAUGUCCUCGCUAAACGCGCCAGCUUCUAUGAAUCGUUCCUUGGUGAAGUGAACGAAGAAGUUGAGGAGUUGAAGGCCAAGAACGUCACUCUAGGCCACAACUACCGUCGCAUGGUGAUGGCUUGUACUAAUUGGACCGCAGAGCAGGUAGAUGAGGCUGCCGAAGGACUGACACAGUGUGUGAAGGAUUUGAAUGAUAAUCCUGUGCCAGAGGACGAGGCUCUCGAGCUUCUGAUGCGGGACCGUGGGCAGGACUGGUAA